AUGAACUGCCUCCUGCUCACCCUGGCUGUCGCCCUCAUCUGUGCCGUCGGGGCCAUCGACAGUCCCCAGGCCAUGCAGGAUGUGGAGGUCCCAAAGUUGGCAGGGAUCUGGCACUCCAUGGCCAUGGGGGCCAGCGACUUCUCCCUCCUGGAGACCAAGGAGGCCCCCCUGAGGGUCUACAUCACCUCGCUGCAGCCCACCCCCGAGGGCAACCUGGAGAUCAGCCUGCGCAAAUGCUAACAGAAACGAUGCCCUUUCAGGGAAAACGACCGGUGUGUUGAGAAGAAAAUCGUCGCAGAGAAGACCGAGAACCCCAUCGAGUUCAAGAUCAACUAUCUGGAUGAGAACAAGAUCGUCCUAUUCAACACCGACUAUAGCAAGUACCUGUUCAUCUGUUUGGAGAGCACCUCCCAGCAGAGCCUGGCCUGCCAGUACCUGGCCAGGACCCCGGAGGCGAACGACAAGGUCAUGGAGGAAUUCAUCCACUUUCUCAAGACCCUGCCCGUGCACAUGCAGAUCUUCCUGGACGUGACCCAGGCAGACGAGCGGUGCCGCGUCUAA